UUGAUUAGACAUUUAGGAAGUUAAUACGAAACUGUGAUAACUGGGUUUAUAAAGAUUAUUAUCAGUUUUAUCUUACACGUUGCAUACCACUGAAUCAUGGGGAAGAUUUUGUGGAAUAAUAGCGUAAAUAUGGAAAGAUCCCUUUAAUUUUGACGCAAUGAAUACAACCGUACUAUCACCGGUGUCUGUGACAAACACUACAAUCGUCAACAACGUCUCGGUAACAGAUGGAUCAGUUGAACAAGCAGUCGCGAUGGGGAUGGGAAUGGAAAUUACCGACAAAAUACACUUCGUUACAAGCGCAAUAAUCGGACCUAUUUUCAUCUGCCUCGGUCUCGUCGGCAAUAUAUUAUCAAUGCUCGUCUGGCGGCGGUGGAAGAUGCGUUCGUCCACUGGCACGUAUCUGAUCGGUCAGGCCAUAGCGGACAUGGGGCUUCUUGUGUUUUUUAUGCUGACGGACAGUAUUUUAAUGUUUCGGCACUCCAUCGCGUCGUCGUCUACUUUCGGAGCGUUCUACGCGUUCGUUGGCUACCCGCUCUUCUUUCUGUUUCUGCUUUGCAGCAUCUGGUUCACCGUCGGCGUCACUGUGGACCGCUACAUACAGGUGUGCUGGAUUAACAAGGCUAAGGAAAUGUGCAGCGAGAAAAGGGCUUGGAUAGGUCUCAGCAUAAUAACCAUCCUGUGUUUCCUCUUCAAUGCGCCGCACUUCGCUACGUACGAACCCGUACCCGACGUCGAACGUAAAAGCUCAGACGCCGGAUUGCGCUUCACAGAAUAUGGUAGCAGCACUGGAAACAUCAACUAUGAAUUAUGGGUUCAAUGCAUGAUGAUCCUUGAGCCGGUUCCCUGGGCGAUUAUUUUAACGCUGAACCUGCUUAUUAUAAAGCGGGUCACCACUACGAACCAACAAAUGGACAUUAAGCGGGGGUCGUCUGGCAAAAAAAUGGCCAGGAAGUCCGAGGCGCAGUUAACCCGUCUUCUUCUUACUGUUACAUUUACAUUUCUUGUCCUAACCGCCCCUAGAUGUAUCAUGCAGUGCUUCAUUCUGUUUAAGUCGGGUGACCACGUGGUCUUUUCAAAAGCGUUUGCGAUCGCAAAAUUAGGCCUCGUCAUCAACUCUUCGAUCAACUUUUUCCUGUAUUGUUUAAGCGGCAAACGUUUUCGAAAGGAGCUCCGAUCUGUCGUCUGUUCCCUUUACCGUGGUGAUUCAAGAGUUUCCACGACCAUCUCAAUGUGUGAGCGCACAUCGUCGUCUGCUAUUUCAAGAACAAAGUCGACAUUGUCCGAAAAGUCAGGAUACUCAAUUGAUUUGUUAGUUAAAUAAUAACACAUAUAGUUUAUGUUUCGAUACAGUAAAGACACUUAUAAAACAAUCGCUAAAACAUGUUCAUUGUUCGAUGUGUUUCCUAAAAUAACUUUGCCUAUGGAGUGGGUUAUUUUAUUAAUGGAAUCUUAUUGUAAGCGUUAUGUCAACUUAGAGCUAUCGAGAAAUACUUAACACACAUAUGUUCUGGAUGAUAACUGUACUUACGAACUCCGGACCUUGUCACUUAAAGCCACACUUCUUGAAAUGAAAUACAUGUUAAUUAAUACAUAUAGUUGCAAUCUGAAAGAAUGCAAAAGUGUCAUUAAAUCUAUAGCCGAGUUAGCAAGUAAUUUAUUAUUUUGUUAAAUUUAAAAACCGAAUGUAGGAUUUCUAUAUGAAUACGUUCUUUUCGACAAACGCGAUUAUUUUUCAGUUUUAAAGCGCACAAAAGACGGAUUUCUAUCUUGUAUCAACCAGAUAUAUUCUAAUUGGCGUAGAUUAAAUUAAAUCUAUAGCCUAGUUAGCAAGUAAUUAAUUUUUUUGUAAAUUUUAAAACCGAAAGUAGGAUUUCUAUACCUAUAAACGUUCAUUCCGACAAACGCGAUUAUUUUUAAGUUUUAAAGCGAAAAACAGACGGAUGUCUUACUAGUAACCACCAGACAUAUUCUAAUUGGCAUAGAUAAAAUUAAAUCUAUAGCAUAGAUAGCAAGUAAUUUAUUAUUUUUCUAACGGUAUCGUUUUUAAAACCGAAAGUAGGAUUUCUAGACGUAUACGUCCAUUUCGACAAACGCCAUUAGUUUUAAGUUUUAACGCGCGAAAAAAAAACGAAUUUCAACAUAAUAACCAGCAGAUAUAUUCUAAUUGGUAUUAAUAAAAUAUGUUUCUUAUUUAUACUUUAAUUAACUAUGCCAAGUAAGUUGUGUGGCUUUAACGGAAGAAGCCGUGAUACAAAUAUUUUCACUCCAAACAUAUUACCCAACGACGGGUAUUAUUUUACGUUAAUGACAUCUAAUCCACGAUGUAUAAAUACAAAACAACAUAUCUUGUUUUCGUUUGUUGUUGUUUGAUUAAUAUGAUUAUUAAUGUGUUUAAUCGUUCCCUAACGAAACAUGACGUGUAUAAACAAAUCACUAUUGCCCUUAAGGUAAUAAAACAAUGUCGGUUGGUAAAAUAUGUAUGAGAACAAUUAUUUAUUUUACUACUUUUGUAACGGAUAUAGAUAAUUGCUGAACAAAAUUAUAUAUGUAAUGACGCAAGUGGAAACAACGUCCAACUGCAAAUAUAUAAACAAUCUAAACAAAUAUUUUGAAAACGAAAACACUUCGAAACAA